CGCAGGGCUCUGACCUCUUUUGCUCCAGGCCCUUUCCCCCACCUGCGUCUGAACGAGCUCGCCAGGGAUCUGCCUGAGCCUCUUCCGCGCAGUGUCCCAGAACUAUUCCACGCGCUCCGGCUAGCGGAGUGCUCUUGCCGCAGCGCGGGCGGGCGGCCCCUGAUGGUCUGAGAUGCUUGAGUGGAUUCCAGUGAUCAUCCUCUUUUGGUGGACUCCCACCCUGUGCAAUGUGACCGAAAAACCUCAGAUCCGCAAUGAACGCACUUUUCAUCCAUACAUCUCAAGGUGCUUCAACAAAGAUGGACAAGUAUCUUCAGCUCAGACAGGAAGACAGACUCUCAGUUUGCAGCAAAUUAUGCUAUGCAAUAGGAGGCGCUCCAAACCAAGUUGCUACAAGUGCCACUGCUUUUUUUCUACAGAUCUACCUGUUAGAUAUAGCACAUAUUACUCCGUUUCAUGCCUCUUUGGUGCUGUUCAUUGGCAAAGCCUGGGGCGCAGUUACUGAUCCUGUUGCUGGCUUUUUUAUUAGCAAAAGUAAAUGGACAAAAAUUGGCCGUCUUAUGCCUUGGAUGUUGGGAUGUACGCCCUUCAUGAUUGUGUCCUAUUUCUUCAUGUGGUACUUGCCUCCUUUUGUAGCGGGAAGAGUUGUGUGGUACCUGACUUUCUAUUGUCUUUUCCAAGCAUUGACCACAUUAUUCCAAGUACCGUAUUCUGCUCUCACCAUGUUUCUCAGCCCAGACCAGAAGGAGAGAGAUUCAGCAACAGCAUACCGAAUGACCGUGGAAGUGCUUGGAACCUUGAUGGGAGCUGCGCUCCACGGACAGAUUGUGGCAAGCGCCCAUGCCUCUGAUCACUGCACCGUGAAUCUCACCAUACACGCUGCUGACUCUUCCAGCUCUCUAAGCAACGCUUCCAACCUUGCUGGGUCUUUGGGCCUCCAGUCUCAUGGAAGAGAACUCUACAUGAUUGCAGCGGGAGUAAUAGGAGGGGUGUAUCUAUUCGGCAUUCUCAUCCUUUUCAUUGGAGUAAAAGAGAGAGACGAUCCUUACGCCUUAAAUUCAGACAAAGCAAUUCCUUUCUUUAAGGGACUGAGACUCACAAUGAAGCAUGGUCCGUACUUGAAGCUUACAGCUUCGUUUCUUCUCAUCUCAACAGCCAUUCAGCUUGAGCAGAGCAAUUUUGUCCUGUUUUGCACCCAUGCAGCCAGUCUUCACAAUCACUUCCAGUAUUUAGUGGUGACCAUUUUGGUAUCAGCAGCGGUGAGCAUUCCAUUCUGGCAGUGGUUUCUACAGCAAUUUGGCAAGAAAAGUGCAGCAUGUGGGAUUUCCUGGAUGAUUCCUUUUGCGGUCAUGCUGGUUACAAUCCCAAAUCUGGUUUUGGCUUACGUGGUGGCCUUUGUCUCUGGUCUGAGUAUUGCAGCAUCUUUGUUGUUGCCAUGGUCAAUGUUGCCUGAUGUAGUUGAUCACUUUCGCCUGCUGAAUCCUCAUGCAAAGGGACCUGAAACCAUCUUUUAUGCUUCAUAUGUCUUCUUUACCAAGAUGUCGGCCGGAAUUGGAUUAGGAAUUUCCACAGCAAGCCUGGAGUUUGCUGGUUAUAAAACAGGGAUGUGCAGGCAAUCCAGCACUGUGAUCCUCACACUGAAAAUCUUGAUUGGGGCAGUCCCUGCCAUCCUCAUUGUUAUAGGCUUAUCCAUACUCCUCUUUUACCCAAUCACUGAAAAAAGUCGAAAAGAAACUGAAUUUGCACUCGAGCUGUUAAGAAGGAGUCAUCGGAGCACUGACAACCUUUCUGAAAAUGAAGAGGAUACCUGGCUAUGAAAGUUUGGAGAGAAGUGGUUUUUCAAACCGAAGUCUGACCUCAGAGUCCAAAGCACUGUACUUGGGGGGUGGGAGGAAGGAAGGGAAAGUCUUCUGAGUUAUCCCACUUAAGUUUUAUUAGAGGAUAUACUGGAAGCAAUGGUACACAAAAGUGCAAAGGGCUCUGUUACAUUAAUAGUAAGGAUCUGAUUUUGACUGACAAAAUAGAAAGAUUCUGAGGACAGCCAAUAGGGUGCCUCAAGGGGAUGCUCACAGUUUUAUAAGUAUGUAAACUUCAUCCAGUGUUCUGAUGCCCUUAAAUUGGUGUUAGGAAGAUUCAGUAGGUGGCACUCUUCCCUCUAGUCAGUGUUGAACCAAAGCCCCAGCACUGUACUGAGGAUAACCUGCUUCUGAAGAUGCUGUGUUUCGUAUGAGACAUAAAACCAAACUCCUGCAGUCACUAAAUUUCUUCUGGAACUGUUGGCAAGAUCCAGGGGUGUUAAAGGUUGGGCAGGACACCAAGUUUAAACUCAGGACAUUCUUCUGACCUAAGUUGUCCUAGUAGCCUCUGUUGGCUACAGUAUUCUUCAUCACUUUUUUCUAAACUGUUUGCUGCACAACAUUUGCUAUGUGUCCCUCUAGAAGAGUCUGCAUUUUGGUGUCUGAUGGAUGGGAUCCUUGUGUAUAAUUUGUUUACGUUUGUAAAGCCCUUAGGGAUUCUGAGGAUGAAAUGUGCUAUAAACAUGUAAGAUUUAGUGCUUCUUUUUGAGUUCCAACAAGCCCUGGAUGCAGUUGGUAACAGAGCUGUGUGUUGAAAACUCACAAAUAACUGCUCCAAACCUGAUUUUAAUUUGACUUUAUUUGGGGGGUUAAGUCAAACUUUUAUGUUAAUAAAGGCCUACAUUUUCAAGAGUGAUUGACUAGUGGUCUUGGGUGCCUCCGUUUUUGGGUACCACACUUCAAAGUGUCCAGCUAUCAGAGUGUGAGUGCUCUGCCCUUUCUGAAAAAGAAAAAAAAAAUAAUCAGGCCCACUUAAGGCAUCUCAUGUUGAAGCACCCAAAGUCACUAGUUGCUUCUGCAAAUUUAGGCCCUAAAUUUUUGUAUAUAUUUACUCGUAUGAGGCACACAUUCCCACAUACAGAAUGCGGUCAUUCACCUAUUGAGAGCUGCAGCCGUGCUACACAUUCUCAGCAUAUGUGUAGCAAUUUAGAACAGCCACCCUGCGCCGUUUAUCUAGUUGGUGCCUUUUUGAGCCAAGGAUCUCGAAGUGCUUAAGAAGCAUUAAUUAAAGCCUCACCAGACCCCUGUAAGGGGUACAUGCUACUGUGCACAUCUUGCUGGGAGGGAAACUGACCCACAGAGAUUAAGAGCUAAUCCAGCUCCCAUUGGAGUCAGUAGAAGUUGGAUUAGGCUGUAAAUGAUUUGCUCAAGGUCAUCCAGCAAUUUAGCGAUGAUACCAGGACUAGAUUCCAGGAGGCCUAAAAUAUGAGUUUUCUGUUAUGCAAGUGAUAUUACAUAGCAGCAAAACUGUAGCAAACAAACAAGUUAGAGGUGCCAGACUAUACCUGGAGGUAAUUUUGGUGUCUCUAAAUAUUCCACUUUUAAAACAAAAAGUAUCAGUAAAAGCCAGGUUUCCUAUUCAAUUUAAUGUUUUGAAAUGCAAAUGUACUAGCUAGAGAGUUAGCUCCUCAGUUGCUAUAAAUCCAUCAUUUCAGGUCAAUGGGACGACAUCAAUUUAUACAAGCUAAGGACCUAGUUUGAUGGGUUUUUUUUUAUAAAAGGGUGGCCGAAACUGCAGACCAUGUUUGAUUAGACAUUUUAAGGCUACGUGUCUGUCACAGAGGUUACGGAAGUCAUGGAUUCAGUGACUUCUGCAGCAGCGGAUGUGGCUGGCUCCGGGGCUGCCCGAGCAGAUCAGGCAUCCCCUGGGCCAGCAGCACCAGCUGGUUUGGGUAUGGGAGGGGGCUCAGGGCUGGGGCAGGUGGUUAGGGUGCAGGGCAGCACUUACCUCAGGGGGAUGAGCCAGCAUGUCCCUGCAGUUCCUAAGCAGAGGGGUCAGGGGCUCCGCGCGCUGCCCAGGCUCGCAGACGCCACCCUUGCAGCUCCUAUUGGCUGCGGUUCCUGGCCAAUGGGAGUUGGAACUCGUGGCAGGGGUACCUUGGGGAGCCACCCCGGCCUUUCCUCCCCCUAGGAGCUGCAGGGACACCCGGAGUCAGGUAGGGAACCUGCCAGCCCCACUAACCCUCCCACCCCCCAGAACGAGUCCCAGGCUAUGCACUGCUGCCUCCCAGACCCUCCGCCAUCACCAGCGGGAGUCCCAAGCCGUGUGCCACCACCUGGCCUCCCCCAGCACCAGAGGGGGUCCCAGACCAUGCAUCGCUGCCCACCUUAUCCACAGUACCAGCGGGGGUCCCGAGCAGCUCGCCACCCCCCCAGCACCAGCAGGUGUCCCAGGCCACGUGCCACCAUCUGCCUCUCCCCCGCCCUCCUCCCAGCACCAGCAGGGGGUCCUGGGCCACACCCCCAGCACCUGCCGUGGCCCCAGACUGUCCCCUCCCCCCAGAGCACCCGCAGCCCCCCAGCCCAAGUUUUAGUUAGAGAUAUAUAGUACAAGUCACGGGCCAUGAAUUUUUGUUUACUGCCUGUGACCUCUCCAUGACUUUUACUAAAAAUACCCAUGACUAAAACGUAGCCUUAGACAUCUUUUAACUUGAACAUGGCCUGUGCAAUGUAUACUAUAUCAGCUAUGCAACUGGGUUUACAAAUUGCAUAAUACACAUCAGACUUUAGCUCUGUGCAGUGUGAGCUUUCUGAGUUAUAAAACCGCAUCUUACCCCUGCUUCCGGCAAGAAAUUUUUCAGGGUUUGUAAUGGAGAUACAAACAGUCCUGACCUUGCAUAUGGCAGUAUUAAUGAAUAUCGUCACAAUAUGGCAGAAAUCUUUGUAGAUAAACUUCUAUAACUAUAUUUUUAUAAUCUGAAUAGUGCUGAGUUAUUUUAUCAUAUUAAAGUCGUAUAUUGGUUCAUAAAAUGAAUGUAUUUUUCUAAAGAAAAAGCACUAACAAUGGAUUUGAAGAAGGAAGCAGUAUAGGAAUUUUUUGUAUCUUUUUUUCAAGGCUUACUGUUUGCACUGUGAAAGAAUGAAUUUUUUAUCUUCUAGCACUUUUUUUAAACUAAGCAUAAUCAUUGUCUAUACCCUAAACAUGUGACAGAAAGAAUCAGAUCUGUGUUAUUUUCUGUGCAUAUUAAAAUAUUUACACUAAGUACAA